AUGCUCAAAGCUUGGGGUCAUACGCAUUCUCUUGGGUAUUUUCCGGAUCACCUUCACAUCGAACCGGGUGUCGUUGCGGAAUUCGCGAUCAUCGCAGGUUCCAUAGUUUGUCUAUAUGGCUUCCGACUCCUUCGCGUCAUGGUUUUUCUGUGCGGGUUCCUCGUCGCCGGGCUUCUGUCCUCGGCAGCGUUGGAAAACACGUUUGGACUGGCGACGUGGGUACUGGUGGCUUCGUGGAUUGGGUGCAUGAUCGCUGGUAUCGCAGGUGGUUGUGUCGCGCUGGCAUUUCUCCCAUUUGGUGUGUUUUUGGCGGGGUCCAUGUUGACUUUUGCGUUCACCUCGUCACUUCCCUACCGCGUGCUACCGGAUGUAUCCAACACCGUAUUAGACGUUGUCGUGGUGCUCUUGGGUGGCAUCUUGGCGUGGCUGCUCGUGCGACCCUUUGUUAUUAUUGCUAGCAGUCUCGUGGGCUCCGUCACGGUCAUUUGGGGCAUCGGCUACUUUGCCGGCAAGUACCCAAGCAACGACGACAUUGAGCGCUUCCAUUUGCGAGACAUGGACAGAAGAUCGUGGGUGCACGCAGUCCCGAUCGCAUGGUGGGCUUAUCUGGCCGCGAUGUUGCUGCUGUUUGUAGUCGGGAUACUCAAACAAGCUCGAGAUGCCAGCAACGCACGUAGUUACAGCCACAUUGGUCACUACACGGGCUGGCGAUCGAGUACUUUUCCGUGA